AUGUUUAUCUUCAUCAAACAUGGAGAUAAUCAAGAGUUUCUGGUCAACACCAAUUGCUCUGUUCUCCUGUUGUUACAUUACACCAAAAAGAAAAUGGGGUUGCGUAAAACAGACACCAUUGAUUUGUGUGAUGAAACUGGGACCAUGAAGUUACUUUUCCUGUCAAAGACACCUGGAGACUAUGCCAGCAAAUUCCUUACAGCUCGAAGUAUCUACUAUGUUUGUAAAGUGGAACGUGGAGCACCAGGUACCAAGAUUGAGAAUUCCUACAAAGCUGUUGUACCCCUCUUGAAGAAUCCAGAACCUGAACUAGUUGAGUCCCUGCGCACACAAUGUGACUUCCUGGAGAGGAGCCGAAUAAAGAUGCUUAGAACUCUAGAAGCUAAGAGACUGGCAGCCAUGGAAUCCUCUGUAAAUCUCCCAGCAAGAUCCCCCAAGAGUGGUGGAACCCAGCAGACCCCUAGUCCAAGCAGCCAACUGAAGUCUAAAUCUGCACGAUCCGAUGAAGAUGGACCACCUGCCACCCGCAGACCAUUUUAUAAGACUAGAGCAGACUUUCUCAAGAGACAUCGUUAA